UAAAUGGAGCGAGAAUCCAUGUGAACCUUACUAACUUACCCGAGACUAUACCAGACCAACAAGAAUGGCUUUCUCAGCCCUUCAUAUAAUGAUGGCGAUAGGACUGUUUACUUUGAUUCUUCCCUGCCAUGCUGAUGAUGAGCCGUCAGUCUCUAACCCAAAAUUAGAUGCAGGAUUCCCAUCAUUCUUAAGUUCCCUGGGCAGUGGAAUCCUUGAAUCUGCAGUAGACUACCUUCUCUCCUCAAUGAGCCGGAGAUCUGGAUUCUCAGAAUUGGACAACAAACCAGAAAAGUCUCCAGAAAAAUGAUUGGAUGCUGAUCUCACCUCCUCAGCCAGACCAUGUCUUUCUUUCCCUCGGUUUUCCUGGCUGUCUAGUCCAAAGAUUCUGAACUGUUGUUAAUGCCUUGGAUAUCAGCAACUCUUAUCCUUUGGCCCAGCCUAGUAAGAAUCAAUAAUUAAUAUUCCCAUCCUGGAAGACAAAAUAAAGUCCAUAAACUCAUGAACUCAAGUGUUUACAGUAACAAUGCAUUUCUCUCAGCAUGCUGAUGCUCUUGAUGUAAAAAUAUCAUUAUUCCACUGAUAACCACAGUACCUACUGUUUCUAGAAAAGGCCAUGCUUCUCAGGAGCUACAUUUUCUGAGAGAUGGGCUCUUUGGAGUCAACAUGUAGUAGACUGGAAAGUAUUCUGAGGACCUGAGUUUCCUUUACUUCCAUUAUCUUCCAUCCUGAGAAUAUAGUUACUGUGUCUGAAUUUCAUUUGAAGAUUAAAUAUUCAACAUAUUUAGAACUACAGUGGUACCUCAGUGCUAAUCAUUAAUUAGUUUCAGUAGACAGGUUGAGUACCAAAUGAAUUUUUACAAUAAGGAAUACUGUAAAUUGAAUUAAUCGACUUAUAGCCCCCAUCUCCCAAACUGUGACUUUUGGUAUUCCAUUUAGAGAGGGCUAUAACCUCCUGUUAGUAGAAAUAGUUGUGAGAAAUGGGGAAUCCAGACCAGAACUAUUUUUGAGAAGCUUAAAAAGGAUCAUGGGGAGGCAGAGUUGAGAUGGCAGCAUAAAGGUAGUGAAAGUUCAGAUCUCUGAAAACCCUUCUUUACCAAUUACAAACUAAAUGCUCCUAGGGGACUGAAAAUCAAACCUAAAAACAGGACAGAGCCAAGGAACCCUCCUGCUGGACUCAAAUUAAAAGAUAUGCUCCCCAAAAGCCUGAAUUCAAAAACACUCUGGUAUAAGGGGAAGGAAGAAGGAAGGUCCCAGGACCCCCUCCCCCACCUAGAGCAUUAAGCCUCCAGUGGUAGCUGGAACCUCUGGGCGGGCAAGGGUGCUGGUCUAGAGGGAGUACCUUGCAGGCAAACAGUGCCAGGCUCAGAUCGUCAAACACAGGUGGUGGAGAAGCAGUUGAAGAAGAGGGGCAGAGUCAGUAACCUAGUUGCAGCAGUGGAGAUACUCCAUGUUGCCAACCCCUUCACAAGGUUUUGGCCUCAGGGCACAUCCAGCUUUGCAGCUCAGCUAGGCUUAAUCUAAUCAAAGCCUUCAGAGGGCACAGAUGCUCAAGCUCCUACACCCCUCCCUCACAGACUUCACUGAGAGAUUUGCUGACUAAGCUCCAAAGGCAAAGGCUGACAGAAAAGCCCAAAACCACAGAUCCGACAAAAAAUGAGAGGAGCAAGAACACAGGCAACUGCAGGGAGUAAUGAAGGGGUAACUAUGAGCAAACAACAGAAAAAGAAACAAUUAAUUACAAUUGACAUCCUCUAUCCAGGCAAUGAACACAGAGCAAAUGGAAGAGAGAAGGAGGAAGGAACACCAAGCCAAAAAAAAGUAACCCCAGCAAGUUGGAUACAGGCUUUGGAAGAACUCAAAAUACAAUUCAAAACACAAUUAACAGAGGCUGAAGACAAUUGGGAAAAGGAUUUAAAAAGCAAGAUAAGUCAUUAGGAAACAAAAACAGUGUCUUGAAAGCCAAAAUUAAUAGGUUCAAAAUGAGGCAAAGGUUAGAAGGAGAAGGAUGACCAAAAAGCCAGGAAUGAAAUCCAGUCUUUAAAAACGAGAAUACAACAAUUAGAAGCAGG